AAAUGUGCUGUUCUCUCGUUGACUGAUUAUUCUUUUUAUGUUAAUUCGAUUUAGCGUGAGUUUUUAACGUAUCCACUUCGAUAUUAGACUUUUCCUUGAUUGAAGGACUUGCUCUGACUGUUUCCACCGCUGCUGGUGAUGUCAGACGGCGGCUGGGUCAUUGGGAGGGCAGCAGCAGAGGAGGUUCACGGAGAGUUCACUCGCAUACAUUAGGUAACACCAUCGCUCGCUCUGACAUAACUAGUAUGAAGCAGGUUGAGUUGAGGCAUUCGUCAAUAAAGAAGAGAUAAGAAGAAGAAGAAGAAGAAAAGACAAACUUUGUUAUGCUAAACAGCUUCCAGAUUUGGAUGUGUUUAACCGCUGUCUCACUGCUGGCGGACUGUAGUCUGCUGCGUGUCAACAUGCAAACAAUUUCUGAGCGUUUGCAGUGAAAAUAGGUCUGUUUCUUGAUCGUACACGCCUCCUUCAAAUGUAUUACAGGCAUGUUUUCCUGCUUAAACUAAAUAGUACAACCUGCAAUCAGAGAAAACCCGCCCUGCUGUGAGGGCUUUUCCAUGCGGACAAAAUCUCAAAGCUGAAUCAUGUUCGACUAUCUGGAAUUUCAAGCUUUCGGUCCGGGAGAAAUCAUGGACUUGUACACCACAUCCAGCCCUGCUUGCAUGAUGCAGGAGCAGGACGAGGAUUUGGCAGACUUCUUUCCCGAGCUGAUGGAGGCGGAUUGGCAGCAGCACCGGUGCUCACAGUCAGUGGGAAGCCAGAGUUCAACCUCGAGCUCAGACGAUCUAUUCGCCAGCCCCCCCUCCCCACCGCCGCCUCCUCGCACUUACAAGCCCUGUUUUGUGUGUCAAGACAAGUCCUCAGGCUACCACUACGGUGUCAGCGCCUGCGAGGGCUGCAAGGGCUUCUUCCGCCGCAGUGUGCAGAAAAACAUGGUGUACACCUGCCACCGUGACAGAAACUGUAUCAUCAACAAGAUUACAAGGAACCGGUGUCAGUACUGUCGCCUGCAGAGGUGUUUCGCUGUAGGAAUGUCAAAGGAGUCUGUAAGAAAUGACAGAAACGGUCGAAAAGCGAAAAAGGAAGCAGUGAAGAUGACUAUCAUGGAGACAUAUGAGCUGACGGCGGAGCUCGGACUGAUCGUGGAGAAGAUCUGCACAGCGCACCAGGAGACCUUCCCCUCUCUCUGCCAGCUGGGAAAAUACACCACAAACUCAAGCUCUGACCACAGGAUCCAGCUAGACCUCGGCCUGUGGGAUAAGUUCAGCGAGCUAGCCACAAAGUGCAUCAUCAAGGUGGUCGAGUUUGCCAAAAGAGUGCCUGGUUUCACCGGCCUAACCAUCGCUGACCAGAUCACUCUGCUCAAAACUGCCUGCCUGGACAUCCUGAUUUUAAGGAUUUGCACACGCUACACUCCGGACCAGGACACUAUGACCUUCUCCGAUGGGUUGACUCUGACUCGCACUCAGAUCCACAAUGCCGGGUUUGGACCACUGACAGAUCAGGUCUUCACAUUUGCCGGUCAGCUGCUUCCUCUGCAGAUGGACGACACAGAAAGUGGACUCCUCAGCGCCAUCUGCCUUGUAUCUGGAGACCGUCAGGACCUGGAGGAGCCGUCAAAGGUGGAGGUGCUGCAAGAGCCGCUGCUGGAGGCGCUGAAGAUUUACUCUCGAAAACGACGACCCAGCAUGCCACUCAUGUUUCCCAAAGCCCUCAUGAAGAUCACUGACCUGCGCAGCAUCAGCGCCAAAGGAGCUGAGCGGGUGGUGACUCUGAAAAUGGAGAUCCCCGGCUCGAUGCCUCCUCUGAUCGAGGAAAUGUUGGAGGAUCUGCAGAACCUGGAGAAACACCAGAAGAAACACUCAGAUGCUCCUCACAGCACAUGAAACCCUCUGACUGUCUCUCUCUGACACUGCUCAAAGAACACUCAGUCUAGUUUUUCUUUCUGGAGAAAUCACUAACAACAACUACAAGUAUGAUGCUGAAGGUUUCCAGUGUCUUACCUCAGUUUUUCAGUUGGAUAAACGGGAGUGAAAAGAAACCACUGUGUAUAAAGAAGAGAUUCAGUUACACUAAUGACUAAGCUGAUAAAAAAGAGCUAAUUCUGAGUUACGCUCUGCUUCAAAGGGGAAAAGAGAGAGAGAUGUGGUGCUUCAAUCACUGAUUCUUUUUUUAAUUUCCUCCUCGCAGGCUCCUCAUAACCACUCCAGUCUCUCUGUUUCAGGUUUCUACUGUAUUUAUAUUUGCAUGAGAUAUCACAUGGAUUAAUUUUUACCUCAUGAAGUAACAAGAACUUAAGCUUUAGUUUAGUAAAGUUAGUAUUUUCCCUUUUACAGGUUUAAUUUCCAUACAUGUAAAGAAGAAAGCUUAACUAACUGUUGGAGCAUAUUUAGAGAAAUAAGCAGAUUUAUAUUUACAAAAGGGAAAUGUAAGUUUUUUCAUAAAAGUGAAUGUUCAUCACUGAAAAAGUUAACUCACUUAUAAAGAUCAGUUCACAGAGAAAGAGUAAAAAGUGAAGACAAGAAGACAUAAGCUGUGUUGAAACCACUUAUUUUAAGUUUGAGAAAUCCCCAGCAGGAGCCGGCUCCUGUUUGAGAGCUAGUUUCCUUUUCUUCACAUUUUUGUUGGUGUUAAAAUGGUGCCAUGGGGAGCAUAUUCUAAAUAGACUUAAGAUUUUGUGUUUUCAGACAACUGAGGAAGAAAAACAAAGGACUAGGUUGACUUGUUUCAUAUUUUGUGUGUCAGUACAUACUACAGAUACCCAAAUAUACGUGCAAAAAUGCUAAUAAUGUAGGUUUUUGUUGAUACAGCACAUUCAGAUCCCCUUCACUUUAUAAGUUUGUUAUGUUGAAGCCUGAUGCUCCAGUCGAUUUAAGUCGUUUUCUGCCCAUCUUUGCAAAUCCUCUCAAGUGCAGUCAGGUAGGAUGGACUGCCUUUUUCAGGUUCAAGUCAGGGCUCUGGCUCUGACAGAGUUGUCCCUAAGCUACUUCCCUGCUGUUGAAAAACAGCCCUGCAGCAUGAUGCUGCCACCACCAUGCUUCACUGUGGGAAUGGUAUUGCGCAGGUGGUGAACAAUGCCUGGUUUCUUCUAGAUAUAUUGUUAGAACUGAGGCCAAACUGUUCAAUCUUGGCUUCAUCAGACCAGAGAGUCUUGUUUCUCACAGCCUGAGAGUCCUUCUGGUGGUUUUUGCAAACACCAAGUAAGCUUUCAUUUGAUUUCCACUGAGGAGAUACUUUCUAGCCACUCUGCCAUUAAGCUCAGACCGAUCCAGGGCUGCAGCUUUGUCCUUCUGGAUCUUUGUCCCAUCUCUACACAGAAUCUCUGGAGCUCAGAGUUACCACCAUGUUCUUAGUCACCUCUCUUACUAUGACCCUUCUCCCCAAAUUGCUCAGUUUCCAUGGAUGACCAGCUCGUGGAAGAGUCCUAGUUGUGCCAGCCUCCUUCCAUGUUAGAAUUAUGGCAGCCACUGUGCUCUUGGGAAACUUCAGAUUUUCUGUAGCCUUCCCCAGAUCUGUGCCUUGCAACAAUCCUGUC